UUCGCCGCCCUCGACGAGGACGGCUCCGGCGGCAUCUCCAUCGCGGAGCUCGAGCAGUCGCUCACGGCCAUCGGCCUCGUGCGGUCCCACGAGGAGCUCGUGAACCUCGUCGCGGAGUACGACAGCGACGGCACGGGCAACCUGGGCUUCCGCGAGUUCGUCGAGGUCCUC